GCAGCAUCGAGCGAGCAGCAGAGGGACAGGAGCUGCCGUCCCCCGCACACCGACACGGGCUUGUUCUGUGGACUCCUGCGUCGUUCUUGCAAAAAAGUUUUCGGUUUCGGUUGCUUUUUUCCUUCUCUCUCUUAAUUUGGACACGUUGUUUGUUAUCCUUUGCUUUCCACCUGCGGACAGAUUUCUCCUUUCGGUCCGGAGCAAUGGAGAAAAUGUCUCGACCUAUAAACUCAACUUUCCUACCUCCGACCCAUGGCGUGCUCAAAUCCCUGCUGGAAAACCCAAUGAAACUGCCCUUCCACCACGAUGAAGGUUUUGGCAAAGAGAAGGAGAAAGAGAAGAAGUUGGAGGAAGAUGGCGUGGGGGUCAACGCCCCCCAGUCUGCCUUCCUGGGGCCCACCCUGUGGGACAAGACCCUACCGUAUGAUGGAGACAAUUUCCAGCUGGAAUACAUGGAUCUGGAAGAGUUCCUGUCAGAGAACGGCAUUCCCGCCAAUCCACAGAGUGAGCAGAGCCAACCUGCCGCGCAGCCCCUGCAGCAGAGCCCCCCUCCUCCCCCCACGCCCUCUGUGGUCGACCUCAGUAACCGUGCAACCACCUCCGUACACCCGGGCAUGGUCACACAGACCUGCCUACAGAGUCCCAGCAGAGCAGUUCUCCCAUCUACCCGGAACACACCCAGUCCGAUUGACCCAGAGACGAUUCAGGUUCCAGUGAGCUAUGAGCCAGACCCAGCAGACCUUGCAUUGUCCAGUGUCCCAGGACAGGAAAUAUUUGACCCACGCAAACGCAAAUUCACAGCAGAAGAGCUCAAGCCUCAACCCAUGAUCAAAAAAGCACGCAAAGUCUUCAUCCCAGAUGACAUGAAGGAUGAUAAAUACUGGGCGCGGCGCAGAAAGAACAACGUGGCAGCGAAGCGUUCACGGGACGCGCGGAGGCUGAAGGAGAAUCAGAUCGCCAUCCGGGCCGCCUUCCUGGAGAAGGAGAACGCCGCCCUCAGACAGGAGGUGGCCGACCUACGCAAGGAACUGGGACGCUGCAAGAACGUUGUGGCCAAAUACGAGGCGCGGCAUGGGGCACUGUGAACCGACCCCUCACUCCCCAAAAAAACGUCCCGCAAAAACCCCAAAACCCCAAAACCAACCUGUUCCAAGGACUUCUGCGUGCCCAGUUUAAGGCACCAGCCCUCCACCUCUGUCUCUCUCUUUCUCUCUCUCUCUUUCUCUCUUUGAACCUUGUUUGAAUUCCCUCAUAUUGUUGUUUUAGUUCUUUUUAUUUCCCCCCACCGCUCUGUCUCGUUACGUGUGUGUGUGUGUGUGUGUGUGUGUGUGUGUGUGUGUAUGUAUGUGUGUGACAGGCUUAGGGGAAGUAUCUCUUAGUCCUUUUUUUCCCCUCGUUCAUUCCUGCACUCGCUGAUAGUUUAUUUUAUUGGAAGUGAUGCUGUACGGUUGCUUUUCCUUUUUUCUUAACCGUUUUAUACGUAUAGUAUGGAGUACCACGCUUAGUCCUGCCAUACCUGUCUCUCUUUCUUUUUUCUUUCUUUCUUUCUUUCUUUCUCUCAGUCUUUUUCCCCUUCAUGCUCAGAUCAGCAUUGUAUUGACUUUGGUUUGUAUUGUUUUUGUGUUGUAUUUUAGUUGGGUAGUGAAAUUUUAUUGUCAGAACUCAACAUUGUCUCUCUCUCUCUCUCUCUCUCUCUCUCUCUCUUUUUUCCUUUCUCUCCGUGCAGUACACAUAAAUAACACUAGGCCCUCCUCUUCUCACUGUUCAUUUCUCAUCUGUUUUGUUUGGAUCCGAUACCUAAUUUCAGUUAUCCUGAUCUUGACACCAGCAUUCUUUUUAUUUCUCUACUUUUUUUUUUAAUUCACCGGCCAAUCACAGAGCAAUAACUCAUACUCAAGAGCAUGUUUAGGAGAAAGGAUGAGAAUGCUGACUUGUCCUCCUUCUGACGCAUUGUUUGUUUUCCGUCAUUUUCAUAGCAGAGGUGUUGGUGAGACAGGUAACGUUUUUUUUGAACGGUUCUUAUGUGUGCAUGUGUUUGUGUGUGCGCGUGUGUGUGCGUAUGUAGAGGGGGGACCGAUUUUUCUCUACGGCUGCUUUUGGGGGAGAGUCCACCCACACACGUUAAAACCUGGUUGCCAAAUUGUUGGGUGGAAUGUUUUUUUUGUUAAACUGAGCAUUGUGGCAUCGAGGCCACAACUAUAAUACAUGUCAGAGUCUCUCUCUCUUCUUCUCUCCCAAUGUCUCUCUAUCUCUCCUAACAACCUGCACUAAAGCGUCUUUCACAAUCUGAUCUGGUGCAAUGUCUCUACCUUCAUUACUAGAAUCUGCCUGAUCUAUUUAUGGAUAUAUUUUUGUUUUUCUUUUUUGUUUUUCUUUUUUUGAAUGGAAGAACUAUUUUGAAAAUAUUCAACCAUUAAUUGCUAUUAUUCUUAUUAGAGCUGUUGAUAUUAUCGUUGUCUGUAUUGUAAUUAUCCUUUUUUUUUUUUUUUUUCUUUUGAUGGAUUUCUCUGCAUGAUCUCUGCUUCAGAACAGCAACCUCAAGCUAAUUGUAAAUGUUUUAUUUUCCCACAAUGACCCUUUGUUGUUUUUUUUUUUUUCCCUUCUUCUUUUCUAUGUUUUGGUCGUUUUUCUGGAGCUCGAUUUUAGGAGGGUUUUUUUAACUCAUCACAUACAGAUCUAUGUAGUCUUUUUGUAGCUUUACCUUUAGCCCUCUUUCUCUCAGAUGGCUGUUUGAAUGUAUUGAAUGUAUAAGGUGUUUUUAAAAAGAGGCGCCAGUAUGAUGGUGUUGUCUAUAAUACUAUGGUUAACUCAAUCAGUUUGUUUACUACAGACCAAAACAUGCAACACACACACACACACACACACACACACGUAAAAAAGAUAUAUUGGUUAAACAGAGAUGUAAUGUUUAUAUGAAACUAUUCUAGAGUCUAGGUUCUUUUUGUACAGUAUUUUUCUUAUACUGGCUAUGUAUUUUCAAGGCACAACAGAUUCAGAAUAUUAUAAUAGAAAAUAAACAGAAUAUAUAUAUAUGAGUCAAAGUCUAUAUAUAUAUAUAAAAAUAUAUAUAUAUAUAAUUAUAUAACUGUUCUUCAAGGUCAAAUGAGAUAGCGUUUUGAUAAGUUCUCCUAUAUCUUCGCGAGUUCUGCUAAGAAUCAAAGCGAUCCAGGUGUUGUUUUAAACUUUCUCGGAGUAUGAGUGCUGACCUAAGGUUGGUCUUUUGCGGAUCACGGACAGCACUUGAGCUCUAAGACCAGGGCCAGCGUGUAUUAUGCUUCUCACAACAUCUGAGUGCUUUUCUCUGAAGUGAGUCGCAUUCGUUUCGGAUGUGAGCGUCUAAACCUGAUGCUGGAUUAGCACUCUGUAGAACUAAAGGUGCCAGAAAGGGAUAUUUGGAGGCUCAGAAGAACCACUUUUGGUUGCCUAAAGAACGUUGCAGUUGAAUGACUUGGGGAUUUGUCUGACCACUAUUGUGACUGUGAUUUAAAUUAUGAUCAUUUUCUAUAAAUUAAGGUCCAGGCCUGUUGUUUCGGCCAAGAUGACCAGCAGUUUUCCUGCCUUGAGGCUUGAAUGCUGGGCAUAGUGUGUGUGGUUGUGAUUGUGCUGUCAUGUAUACACAUGAACUCAGGGGUGAUUGGUUGCUUUUGGUCUAACUCAUCGACAAGCAGUUUAUAAGCUUUUGUUAUUAGGUCAGAUUUCCCCAAUAUAAACUUAAUGACAUUGACUGUACAGGCUAUAUUUUAAAUGGCAGCUCUUGCAGUUUGAAACCUGCUCUUUUUGAAAUUGCAAUUUAUAUGUAAAAAUGAUUAAUCAAUCAACUCUAGAACCAAUGAUUGAAACAUUUUUUAGGAAAGCAAAAGUGGUUCUUCUAUGGCAGAAUUUCCCAAACUGGUCCUCAGGAUCCCCCCAGGUGGACCACAUUUUUGCUCCAACACAACUCGUAACACCUAGUUAUAAAAGAAAAAUGUGGACCAUCUAGGGAUCCAAGCUGGGACUCCCUGUUCUACAGCAUUGCUCCAUAAAAACCCUUUUGGCACCUUUACUUUUAAGGCAUGUUCCUGUAUCCUGAUUAAGCCUAAUCCUGCACUAAAAAGGACUUUCAAUAAUAAAACACCUUUGGCUUUGCUUUUUAGUCCAUGUCUAGGCUUAAUUAGUCCAUGAACCAGAAAUUGGCAGUGUAUCUUGAGGUGCCUGAUACAGUGAUGGCCCAGAACUGUGACGUGAUGUUUGGGCAUUAAAGACUUACACUCCUCGUUCUCUUCCUCGUACGGAAGUUAGCCUAUAGUUUCCUUUUUCCUCUUCGUGGAACUGCAGUGCAUAGGGUUUUCACAACCAUCCAUAUCUUUCUCUCUCUCUCACACAGCGAAACACCUUCCCUUCUGCCAUUGAAUGAAAGAGGUGCUCGUUGCGGUAGAGUUAUACGUCUUUAGCUUUGGCCUUGGCUCAGUUUCUAGUUGCCAUAGGAAGCUAGAGCUAUUUUUCGUUCUUCUGCCGGUCAUUGGAGAUAGGAUGUCUGUCGCUGAAUGUCGUGUCCCGUGUUGUCAGUGGAAUCGUUCUUUAUAGUAGUUGCUAUGAAGGGGGGUGAGGAGGUAGUUAAGUGAAAAAUCUUCCCAAAUCUAAAAAAUCAGCCAGAUUGUUUGGUAUGAUAAGUUUUCUAACUUAGGUUGCACGGCUAAAUACAGCACUUUCAUUGUCUAUUUUUAUAGAUUACAGUAUGUCAAAUGGCAUCAGGAAGUCUAACCACUCAACACAUUUUUAUGCAUUAAAACUUGCACUGCGCUGUAAGCUUCAAUACUUCUGUGAAAAACUAAACAGGCCAAGUUCAGAACUCCAAACAUUUCUCGGCUGAUCGAUUAAAUUUGUAAGUUAGUAAGUUAGUAUGCACUAUAGUGAUUCCACUUAUUUUUUAAUUUAGAAUGAUGCACUGCCUCUCCCCUACUCACCCCUCCGUCAUCACUGAUCUGAGACCAGUGUUGGGGUCAGUGGGAUUCAGAGGAGUUUGUGUUUAAGCAUCGCAUCUAUGGGUGACCCCAAUAAGGCUAGCGUAGUCAGAGGGUCUACCUGUCUUAGUUCUGGCCAAAGUUAAGCUGUGCACAACCUUAGAUUUGUGAGGUUUUCUUUUCAUUUUUUCUAGAAUUGGUAGAAUAUGUUUAUUUUUUUAUGUCCUUAUUGUCAUUGUCAUUUUCUGUACUCCUUUUUUGUUUGUGUAUGUCAGAAAUGGGUUGACUGAGCUUUAUGCAAAGGCUAGUGUGUGAGUGAGAGAGUUUGUGUGUGUGUGUGUGUACGACGCCCUAGCUGUGUGAAAGCUAUCUGUGUACAGUCUGUAUAAAAUAAAAAUAAACCCAGGAAUAAGCCAAUACAAACUCUUGUCAAGCCCCCAUUUAGUUUCUAUAGAGUACAGGGGACAUCUAUCCAUAAUGCAGAAUUUUAGUAACAUGCACUAUAUGGACAAAAGUAUCGGGACAACCCUCCUAAUUAUUGAGUUCAGGUGUUUAAGCCAUGCCCAUUGUUAACAGGUCGAUAAAAUUAAGCACAUAGCCAUGCAGUCUCCACCCCACAGCACCAGUAGUUUGUACAUAUUCUGUGGAGUGAUGAAUCAUGUUCCUCUAUCUGGCUGUCUGAUUUGACAGGCUUGAGUUUUGAUGAAUGCCAGGAAAAUGUUAACUGUCUGACUUCAGUGUUCCAGCUAUAACGUUUGGUGGAGGAAGGAUAAUGCUAUGGGUUAUUUAUCAGGGCUUGGCCUAGACCCUUUAGUUACAGUGAAGGGAAACCUCAACCCCAUCAACACCUUUGGGAUCAACUAGAAUGGUCAUUGUGAGCCAGGCCCUCUUGUCCAGCAUCAGUGUUUGACCUCACAAAUGCUCAUCUGAAUGAAUGAGUAAAAAUUCCCACAGACACUAAUAAAAUCUACUAGAAAGCUUCCCAGAAGAGUCGAAGCUGUUAUAGCUGCAAAAAUCCAUAUUAAUGCCUAUGGAUUUAGAAUGGGAUGUCAGAAAAGCUCCUCUAGGUGUAAUAGGUAGGUGCCCCAAUACUUUUGUCCAUAUAGUGCAUUUGUAACUUUUGAAAUCAGUAGAAAUGCCUAUACCCUGAUUACAUCAUGAAUGUGUUUCUUCAGAUGAUGGGAUGGUGUUCUGGACACAGUUUUAAAUAAUCACCAGUAAAUUCUGUGAGAGAGGCUUUCAUGCUCAGACUAACCUUAAUGUUUGAAAAAAUAGCACAGUUGAGAAGCAGAAGGCAAAUGCCAUGAACACAGUGAAUGAGUUAGAAAAUGAGCAACUACAAUAUUUAGGGGGGUUUAAAACUGUAGAAUAAGGCAAGUUAAUAGUUUUUAUGGCUGCUUAUGUUUUAGGUCUAAGGAUGUUUUCACAUAAGACCAUGAGUUUCCAGGAAUGCUCAUUGGAUUUGAAUUCUUUUCUCCAUCAAACUGUGCAAAAUGAUCCAUUUUGGGGACAUGUAUUCCAAAUGAUUUUGGAUCCUGCAGGUGCAUGAUUUCGGUCUUGCAGAUGCACUUCAAGCUAGCUUAGCAUGUCUCAAUGCACCAGUAAUCUCUUCAGGACUCUUUCAGGGCUUGUUUGAGCUUCACAUUUUGCCGUUUGGAGGCCUGAAUGUUCCAGGGUUUUUGGGAACAUGUCCUUAGCCUAGCUUAGACGUUAGCAUAAGCAUUAGCGCUCUCAGGGUAGGAACACCAGUAAGAUUUCAGGAACAGUGGUGCACCCCUGCCCCCACCCCCUUUUUCUGCAUCCCUAAACCUUACUACCUCACUCACGAAUAGAAGCAACAUCUAUAAUUCUGAGUCUAUUGCAGUGCCUUGAACUACACAGGCUGUUUCCACAGUCACUCAUUCCCUCUCUUUCCCUUCAUUUCUAUCAACUCUUCAUCGCACAUUGCAUAGACCUACACAGUAAGGGCUCCCUUUCUCCCUUCAGGUAUCCGCUCACUGCGGCCCAGUCCCAAAUUGCACACUUCGCCCUUCCCUAAACCCUCCUUCCAGACUUGAGAUGACCCCAGAUAUGAUGGACAACAUUCAGCAGACAAUAAGGUAUAGUGAGGGUCAUGACUGACUUUCUAAUGGUAUCUGAAGUUUGAAGGAAGUUUUAAGGAAAGGCCUAGGUAAUGGUGGAGUUGGACCACAUUAUUACUAUGGUUAUUAUUUUUUUUAUUCAAUCACUGCAGUAGGCUUGUUACCGCUGUAUUGAUGGCAACACCAAAAGACUGUUUAAAGGAGAGAAGGUGGAAAUCAUUUUGAGGUGUGUUUUAAUCUUGUGUGUCAGAAGCAUAAACCUUGAUGUCUUUAUGCUCCUGUGUGCCUGACUUCCUCCUGUUGUCUCACUGUAAUUUCAGUGUGUCUAAUAAAUUCCUCUAAGUUCCUCUCA